GCCUCCACGCCCUGAAAUCCUAAAAACACAAGCGCGAGUUCGCUGUCUCUGUCCCCGGCUCACUCCCGGGCGAUCCUCUCCAUGGAAUAUCCACGCAAGCGCAGCUCCGACUGGUUUUCCAUCCUCCUUGCCUUGCGCUCUCUCGCGUCCACGUAGCACGAAGCACGAACCUGACGUCAGACUCCGGGCACCGCGACGAGGACAGCGAGCAGUCUCGUGCGCGCGCGCGAACAAGGACAGAAGACUGAAGAAGUCGAGCGAGCGAAAGAGAGAGACAGAAGAGAGAAUCGGCGCCGCCGCCGCGCGUUGCUCGAGUAUAUGGUAGUAUAGUAUAGUCGUACACAGUGUCUCGAGGAACGGACAGACGGACGUACACGGGCGUACAGUACAGCGAGACGGGGGCACGACCGCGACCUGCAGCUCAGCCCUGCUUGGCUUCUCUUCGGAAUUCACCUGUGCAGUGCGCCGCAGCUAUAUAUAUAUAUAUAUUACACGUAUAUAACAAUACUUGCGCCGUGCGAGUCCAAGUGUGCGGAGAAUAAACGGUGUAGAGAUCCUCGCGGAUGGUGCGCCUGGCAGUCGUGCAUAGCCACAACUCGAUGAACUCGAUGAGCGGCAGGUGAGCCGCUCGCGGCCGCGGACGACGAGAUAAGGAACGACGACUACGAGAACGCGUACACCUAACCCCCAAAAAUCUCGAGCGAGCGAGUGGAACGAGAUAAGGAGGGCUGUGCGCACCGAUGUAGCCGCUGCCCCUCGAUGCUUCAGCGAGGAUCUUCGAGCCAUCGACACUGCUAAACGGGACGAUAACAUAUAAGAUACGAGGCUCCGAGUUGUGCUGUACAGUACAGUGUGUUGGUGCGUGUGCGAUUAUUAUUAUGCCUCCGGUCGCCGAUCGGCCAGUAGUAACGGCCUGAGAGGAUUUUCGGCGCGAGCGCGCCUCUGUAGGUCCCGUAUAUAUGUGUGUUUGUGUAGGUGCGCGGCGGAGGGCGGAACAAGAAGACGAAGAAGAAGGAGGCAGCGAAGAGGAAGAGGCAUCAGGAGGAGUAGUAUAGUAGUAGCAGCCGUACUCGGCAUUAGCUGCAGUAGUGUGUGGAAGGCCGUCGCCGCCGACUGCCGCGGCCGCUGCAGGACGGGCUGUUGAAAACGCGUGCGGUGUGCUCCGACGACAAGAUAUACAUAAAUAUACCAUAACGACGACGUGCGAGGAAGCAACAGCGCGAGCGUGUGUGUGCGCGUGCAAGUGUGUGCGUGAGAGAGUGUAUUUUAAUCGACGUAAGGUGUGCAAUAAUGUUUCGCUGCAUCCCGAUCUUCAAAGGCUGUAACAGGCAGGUGGAAUACGUGGACAAGCGUCACUGCUCGCUGCCCAGUGUCCCGGACGACAUCCUCAGGUAUUCGCGCAGCCUCGAGGAACUCCUGCUCGACGCCAAUCACAUCCGCGACCUGCCCAAGAAUUUUUUUCGACUCACGAGGCUGCGAAAGCUCGGAUUAAGCGACAAUGAACUCCACCGGCUGCCUCCCGACAUCCAGAACUUCGAGAACCUCGUCGAGCUCGACGUCUCUCGCAACGACAUACCAGAAAUACCGGAGAACAUCAAAAACUUGCGUUCCCUACAAGUCGCCGACUUCAGCAGCAAUCCCAUACCCAGGCUUCCAUCCGGAUUCGUGGAGCUGAGGAAUUUGACAGUCCUUGGGCUCAACGAUAUGUCGCUACAGCAGUUGCCGCCAAAUUUUGGGGGACUCGAAGCGUUACAGUCGCUGGAGCUCAGGGAAAACUUGCUCAAGACAUUACCCGACAGUCUUUCGCAGCUGAAAAAGUUGGAGAGGCUAGACCUUGGGGAUAAUAUCAUCGAAGAAUUGCCACCACACAUAGGCAAGCUGCCAUCUCUGCAGGAGCUCUGGCUGGACAGCAACCAGUUGCAGCACCUGCCGCCAGAAAUUGGUCAGCUCAAAAGCCUCGUGUGCCUCGACGUCUCGGAGAAUCGACUCGAGGAUCUGCCUGAAGAGAUCAGCGGCCUCGAGUCCCUCACGGAUCUCCACCUCUCGCAGAAUGUUAUCGAGAAACUGCCGGAAGGUCUGGGCGACCUCAUAAAUCUCACGAUAUUAAAAGUCGAUCAGAACAGGCUGUCGGUGCUAACCCACAAUGUCGGCAACUGCGUCAACCUCCAGGAGCUCAUUCUUACGGAAAACUUCCUGCUGGAACUGCCUGUGUCGAUAGGCAACCUCGUCAACCUCAACAACCUCAACGUCGAUAGGAAUAGCUUACAGUCGUUGCCAACGGAAAUUGGCAAUUUGAAAAAGCUCGGCGUCCUUUCGCUCCGAGACAACAAGCUGCAGUAUCUGCCAACGGAAGUCGGCCAGUGCACCGAUCUCCACGUACUCGACGUCUCCGGUAAUAGACUGCAGUAUCUGCCGUAUUCUCUGAUAAAUCUGAAUUUGAAGGCGGUAUGGCUGAGCGAGAACCAGGCGCAGCCGAUGCUCACCUUUCAGACCGACGUCGACGAGGAGACCGGCCAAGAAGUGCUCACGUGCUUUCUCUUACCCCAGCUCGAAUAUCACAACGACGAGAGCUCGAGGCUCGGGAUGAUGGUCGGCACAAGCGGACUUCGCAACAAUGUAGCCGCAAUGACCGGCCCGGGUGGCGAGAUGCGCGAGGUCGGCGGUGGCAGCAGCGACGAGGAGAACUGGUCGGAACGCGAGCAGUCCCGAACUCACAGCGUCAAAUUCUCGGACGAACCGCCUGAGGGCGACAAGGAGACUCCGUUCGUGAGACAGAACACUCCUCAUCCGAAAGAGCUCAAAGCGAAAGCUCACAAGCUCUUUAGCAAGGGAAAGAACGACAGUCGUUCUACGUCCGCGGAGGAACAGGAUGUCUCGCAAGCGUUCGGCCUGGACAAGCUCGAGCAGACGCAGCAGCAGGAGAUGUCGAUGACGAUGCAACAGGAGCCACCACCGCCCCCGCUGGAUCAGAACAGUCGCUCGUUCAUACAGCACGAGGCAGAGGCCUCAUCGAAGCCGGCAUCGGAAGCAGCGAACGGCAGUUCCGGUGCACCUGCUGCCGCCACAGUCGCGAUCACCAAGCCAGAGGCCAUAGGUGACGCGGAGAUGGACGAGUCGGUAACGGGUGCGAGGUUUAGGUGUAAUGACGAUGACGAUGACAAGCACGACGAUAUCGAUGGCGUGGAGUCGGAGGGCGAGGAGACCCAAAGGCAUGUCGAUUUUGCUAUAACCGAGGACGCCGAUUACGAGGGUGGGGGUGAAUCCGGCAAGCCCAACAGGCUUCAUCGCCGGGACACCCCGCACCACUUGAAAAACAAGCGUAUUCACGGCUCGAUCGACAAGGAUAAGGUCGCUUCCAUCAUCGCUCAGGCGUUGAUGAAAAAGACCGACGAGUCGACGACGACGACGACGACGCCAGCACAGACUACGGGAGCAGCCACGUAUCCGCCUUACGCCGAGUCCAUUGAAAACGUCGACGGACACAGUCAAGGUGCAUUGUCGGACACGGAGCCGUCGAUAGAGAUCCGCGAGGAGCAGUACGAGAUUCAUAUCGAACGAACGACAGGAGGACUGGGACUGUCGAUAGCCGGAGGAAUAGGCUCCACGCCCUUCAAAGGCGAUGACGAGGGCAUUUUUAUCUCUAGGGUAACAGAAGGUGGGCCGGCCGAUUUAGCGGGUCUGAGAGUAGGCGACAAAGUACUCUCCGUCAACGGUAUAUCGGUCGUAAAUGUCGACCAUUACGACGCUGUUGAGGUCUUGAAAGCUUGCGGUCGCGUCCUCGUCCUGGUGAUUCUCCGAGAAGUAACGAGAAUAGUCCCGCCUUCAGAACAGAUGUCUAUCAGAAAAGACUCGGUUUGUUCAAGUAUGAGCACUAGCCGAGCACCCAGCGCGACAUCUUACGUAUCCUCGACUACGCUUUCCCAUAAUCUCGAGAACGGUGAUGCCGAUGAAACGAUAAAGAGAAAAAUCCCCGAACCUUUGUCUGCCGUCAAGCAACAAGCUGCAGACCCACUGGUGCCCGUCUUAGUACACACGACGUUGAUCAGAGAUCAAAAUGGGCUAGGUUUUAGUAUAGCCGGAGGUAAAGGAUCGCCUCCGUAUAAACCCAACAGUGAUGCUAUUUUUAUUUCGAGGAUAACUGAUGGCGGUGUUGCCCAGAGGGAUGGAAAACUGUGCAUCGGCGACAAAGUAGUAUCGAUUAACGGUGUAGAAAUGACGGAUGCGCGACACGAGCAAGCUGUUACUUUACUUACCGGUUUGGAAAGAUUCGUUCGAUUGGUGGUCGAGCGGGAGAUUCCUCUAUCUCAGGCGAAUCCUGCUAACUUAACACCUUCAGAGAAGUCGCCCCUUGUCAUCGGAACGCCCAAGCCCUACACCGGCCUCUAUAGCGCAAACAGUUACAUGGCUAAUCGACCAGGCUACAGCGCCUUCCGUCGCUCGAUCGACGCGGAUAAAAUUCUGUCGCCCAGUCCUACUUCCAAAACUCCACCAUCCUCGAAAACCACCGAGGUGUCAACGACUCCACCUGUCAACGGCAUUGCUCGCAUGAAUGGUCAAGUUAGCGAUGAGCUCAAAAAGUCGGCCACAACAAACACGACACCACCUCCGCAGCCAGCUCCUCGGCAGAGCAUCAAUCAGCAACAACAGCCAGCGGCUAGACCAACCUCGCAACCACCAGCACCACCUUCGGCAACGACGUCUCCGACGCCGACGGCGACACCCACGCCCGGGGCUGGCGAAGAGAAGGCGAUGGCGGACACGCAAGAGGACAUUCAGGUACCGAAGCCAAUCACCAACGAGGAAUUUCAGGCCAUGAUCCCCGCUCACUUCCUUCGACCCUCGACAAAUUCCUCGCCCUCGCCAGAUUCCUCCCAAAAGGGGUCUACCGUCACUGUGACGAUCAAGCAGCCCGAUGGCCUGCCCGGGGAUGUUAGUUUCCCUCCGGCUCCGACGACUAUUGGUAAAGUUACGGAAACCAUCACAAAGAGCACUCUCACGGAGACUGUUGUGACGCGCGUCACCGACAACCAGCUGGUGAGGCCGGUCAUAAUCGAGGACGUCAUCCUCAUUAAGGAAGGAUCUCUGGGCUUUAGUAUCAUUGGAGGAACUGAUCAUUCCUGUACACCAUUCGGAGCUAAAGAACCAGGAAUUUUUAUUUCUCACGUUGUUCCUGGUGGAAUUGCUGCUAAGUCUGGAAAGUUGCGAAUGGGCGAUAGAAUAUUAAAGGUUAAUGGAACUGAUAUAACCAAAGCAACACAUCAAGAGGCUGUGAUGGAAUUACUUCGACCAGGAGAUCAGAUUAUAUUAACUGUUCAACACGAUCCACUACCAGAAAAUUAUCAGGAACUUGUAAUAAUAAAAGAACCUGGUGAAAAAUUGGGUAUGCACAUCAAAGGUGGACUAAAGGGACAACGAGGGAAUCCUCUUGACAAUAUGGAUGAAGGAGUUUUUAUUUCUAAAAUUAACUCCGGUGGGGCAGCUAAACGUGACGGCAGGCUAAAGGUUGGAAUGCGACUGUUAGAGGUUAAUGGUACAUCAAUUCUCGGUGCAACUCACCAAGAAGCCGUAAAUAUUUUACGCAGUUCUGGAAACAUAAUCACACUUGUUGUAUGUAAAGGAUAUGAUAAAAAUGAGAUCGAACAAAACUUAUCGAUAUCGGGAAGGGAAUCGAAAGAGUCCAAGACAUCAUCUAAAGAAUCAAAGGACACUAUUACAGUCGAUGAUGCCAAAUCUUUGUCGCAGAGUGUUUCUAGUCUUGAUAGAGACGACGAAGAAGCAGCUACUUUACGUCAAGAACAAGAAAUGAAAGCAGAAUUGGUCGCUUGGGAAAAAGAAGAAAGAGAACGAGCGUUACUCGAACAUAGAGAAAAAGCUGAAAAAACAGUUCCCGAUAAGCUUUUGGAUUUCGUGAAAGCGGCAGAUGCGUUAGUUAGUAAGCCUAACAGCCCAGUCGAUUGUAUCAGUCCGAUUCCUCCAAAAUCUCCUGGUGGAACUAAAGACUUAAAAACAACAACUAUAGUUAUGAGCAAACACACACUAGCUCCACAAAGCCCCCCGCCAACGCCUGUGAGCUUGACGCCAGGCCCGAGAGACGACAGCUACGGCACAUCGGUAGACAGUCCUACGCCGCCGUAUCAGCAACAGCAGCAACAGCCAAAGCCGCGCAAGUCGGCCCUCGUCAGCUCGACCAGCCUACCGCCGCAGCCGAGCCCGCCGACGAGCACCUGUUCCGUAUCCUCCCAGACCCUUCCCUCCCCGAAGAAGAAGCGCGGCAUCAGCUUCGCGAGUCUGCCUUCGCCCUACCGGUCCAAGUCCUCGAGCAGCGGCGACGUCUCGCAGUCCGGUCGAGCUGGCACCGGCUACAGGGUCAGCCCGACUCCGGAGCAGUGUACCCUCAGCUCGGGCUCGCCGCGCUUCAAGCUACCUCCCACACCCCUGACCAGUCCCGACAUGACGAUCGUCGGCGAGGUGCACGGCCCCGGCGAGGGCUGCCCCGAUAACGCCGCGGCUGAUACUGCCUACCUUACUAGACGACAGAUCGCACGCUCUGUCGUCCCUGAGACUUACCGAGGUUUUGGUACUACUAGGUUUGAGCCGCCGUCAACUCCAUCGCCGACACCAGCACCGGCCAAACUGUCGGUUAGCGACAGAAAGCGGCUGUUCGAGAAUGCCAUGGAGGAACAUUUGAAGCCUUCUCCAAAACCAGACAAAGUCUUUAGCUUCUUGAGCCAGGACGAAGUGGAAAAAUUGAAGCAAGAAGAGGAAAAAAAAAUCGCAACCCUUACGAGAGACGAAUUGAAAUCCUGGGCGCAGAUGGACGAAAACGAAGGUUUGGACGACGAAGAACCCAUAGAAGAGCAGGACAACAGGAGACCAAAUAGUCGAUUGAGCUCGCGAACGGGGAUUUCGACUCUUCAAAAUGUACCUAGUAUAGUAAGGACAGCAAAAGCCGAACGACGACUCAAAGAAAGAAUGAUUCAAGAGGGUCUGCUUUCCGAUGAAGAUGAUGAGAGCCACUUGACACCCGCUGAACAGAGAGCCCUUCGGGCAGAGAAAAGGGCAGCCUGGAGGCAAGCUCGAUUGAAAUCUCUCGAACAAGACGCUCUGCAAGCACAGUUAGUGAUAAAGAAAAUGAGCGAGAUGAUGGAUACGUCGGCAAAGUUGGAAAGCGCAAAAGAUAAUGUGGAUCACACUGAACCAGCACCUGAAGGGGAGAAAGUGACGGAGUUUGCUACAUUAAGGCCGUCUAGCGCGGAUUUCCCAAAGCUUGCUGUACGCAGCAAGCUGGGUCCUUCCAAAGCUGUGCGCGAGUCCGAGAAAAUAGUCGACGAAAAAGUGACUCGGCGCACCGAGGAGUACGUUGACGAGGCGACCGGCGAGCGCCGCGUACGAACAGUCGAAUACGUCGAGAAGCUGAUCGAACGCGAGGUUGAAACGCUUCGCGAGAAGAUCAUCUCUCUGGAACUGAGCAAUCCUGAGGAGGAGCUAGAGAGUGUAACGGGCACAGGGGCUAGCGACGCAGAGAGUGAAAGCGAAGAGCCAUCAAGUUCAGCCGUCGACACUCCAAGUACUGAACAAAGUGAGAGUACCUUCGCCGACGCCGUAAGCAUUGUCCAAGCAACCAGCCAACAGACGAUCUCACCGUCCACAACGAUGACGACGACAAUUACCGAAGACAAUAACGGCGUUGAGAACAAAAACGAUGAUGAAGAGGACGCAAGCACGGAGCAGAACAACGCCUCCUCCGCGACGGGUAACAACAACAACAAGAAAAAGAAGCGGAAACGCUCGAAGAAGGGUCGUCACUGAUCAUAAAACGACCACCACCGAGUAUUAAAGAGAUAAAGGAAGAGAUAAUCGCCAAUCCGCCCCUCCUCUACGAAGAGUAUUCGUCUUUUAUUUUUAAUCAUUAAUGCGUUGUACUCUUUAAAACGACUCCUCAUGCUUGACGCAGUGGAGUGUAAAAGAGCUUAUACAUACGUCCGAUAUAUAUAUAUAUAUAUAUAUAUAUAUAUAUAUUGCACUUUCUAUCCUGCCAUUAAGUAUUUACGAUCUUAGCGGGUAUUAUAGUCUUUAAAAAAAAACAGACGAUGAAAAUGUGGGACGAUCAUUAAUUUGUCAAAUCAAAAUGAAAGUAUUUUCUACUCGAUGUUUAAGUAUACGUCUAUAUGUGAUAAGUGCGAAUCGGAUGUAAACAUUCCUUUUAUCCUCGGUGUCGCGCCCGCCUCAGGCAUAUAUUCAUGUACGACUAGUUGGCUCGUUUAUAAUCAUGACUCGAAUUUUUUUUUCGUUUACUUUCUAUUUCUUUUUAAGACACUUUAUAAACACACGUGCAGCAAAGAUUUUUCUUAAUUCAAUCAUGUAGUAUAACACGUUGGUGAAAACAACAACAACAAUAAUAAUGAUAAUAAUAAUAAUCAUAAUCAUAAAAAUAAUAAUUAUAGUAGUAAUAAUAAUAACAAUAGAUAAAAGAACAGGAAGGUGUAAAGUUAUUUUGCUUUUGUCAGCUUGAGGGAUUAAGGUGAGAAAAUACGCUUCAGAAAGCUUGAGCCUUUUUUGCUACAAGCUUAUUUUACAAUUGUUGUUUUAUAACCUUGCAUUGCUAUCUUUCAUUCUUACACGUUUCUUGUUUUUUCAAGAUAUUUUUAUUAAAAAAUUAUGGCAGGACUGCAAAAUACUUUUAUCUUUUAACGUAAGAAAAUUCGGUACUACUUAUUUGCAAAGUCAUUAGUUAGAUAGAUAAAAAAACUUACGGUGUUAUAUUAUGUGUUUUAUUUCACAUAAUUGGCUAUAGAGAAAUAAAGUGUAAAUUAUAUUUUACAGUUGAGUAGUUAGAAUAUAAAAAGUUUUUAAUAAAAUUGUAGGUUUUUUACGCGCUUAUUGUCACACGUUUUUAGUGUAUUCUAUUUAUUUUAUCUAAUCGUUAGAAAAUCAUCGAAAUGAUUUUGAUUUUCUUCGUUCACAUUUUUUGUUGGAUAGUAGCAUUAUCGUGCAGGCGUCAUUCUAAUUUCAGCAAUAAAAAAUGAAAUGCAAAUAUUGUUACUGCUUGCGUAAUGUGGGACCAAUAUCUCAAAAGGACAUAGGUCAAACGCAAAACUUCAUUCCUGCUCUUUUUUAUGAUAUACUUAGUAUAAUAUUAUGCAUUUCCUCUCUUCUUUGCUGUGGAUAAAAUUCAAAAUUUUAAAUAAUAACCUAAUGUCAAUACACGCUCGCAAUGAUCCUUCAAGUAUGUAUAAAUGUAAGCGUGAAUAAUAAGCUACAAAAAGAAUUGACAAGUAUGAUAGUUUUCUGGAGAUAUUUCUGAUAAAGAAUCCAAACGAAUGCUUAUGUAUGCUACAAAACAAAAAUUAAUCUACAUGGUAAUUAACUAGCCUGUCGACUGAAUCUCAAGAACGAACGAAUGAUAGAAUUUUUACGAGGUGUAUUUUCAUUUGUCAACAUCUGUUUACCUUAGUUUAUAAUGUUAAUAUGAUGCGCUCAGAUUUUGUUUAUCCGAUCAGUUGAGAUGAUUUUCUUUUUCUUUUUUAUAAAAAAUAAAUGCAAAGAUUUAUAUGAAAAAAUAUUGAUUAAUAUUGUCUAUUUACUAUUCAAUCAACACGACAGCUUUGAUAUGCGACUGAUAAGCGAGCGACGAUGUAAGAAUUUGUUGUUGAAUUAGAAGUGUUUAAGUAUUUAGAUUGAAAAGCAUAUAUUUAUUACAAACAACUGUAUUCUUUACUAAGCAAUAUUUAUACGUUUUAUAAUCCUACACAUGUGUAUUUGUAAGGAAAACUUAUGCAGAUAAACAUACAUUUAUUUUAAAAGAAAAA